AUGGCUUCAAUCUCCACCCCCAUCUUCUGCUGUACGCACAUUAGCCCUUACCGGCCACGAAUUUUGGAUCAGGAGAGCAAGUUCAACAAAUUCCUGGAAUGGGCCCACUGGACCGUGACGAGCGAAGUCUCCUCCGACUACGAUACUUCAUUGGCCGCACCCGAAUACGCGGUACAGUUGGUAAAGCAAGUGAACUACGGCCCGUUGGAGAGCAGAAGAUACUUCAUACCACGCCGAGACCUUUCUGGUGCGGAAUUCAUCGAGGUUGGUGAGCAAUGGCUUAUCGAGAAGAACUUCGAGAAGUUGAACUCUUACAAGAACUUUAGGUGUGCCCUGCACAACAAGUUCUUCGAACUUAAUCUGUAUCAAAAGAGUCCUGUCAAUACUCAUCACUGGAGGGCUAACCUGGCAAGGCCGUCAAAUGAGAUCGACCUGUAG